AUGAGACAGCUGUAUCAACCGGACCCGCGUGGUAAAGAGGGGUUGAAGUUGGAAUACCAGUUACUACCGGACCUGCCGGAGGGUGGACACAUCGGACAGUUGGAAAAACAUGAAUCUCGGAAACACUCCAGGGUCGAGCUAGGGCAAGUACAGGGUGCCACAGAGCCUGGUGCCAGAGUACAGGGUACCACAGAGCCUAGUGACGACAGGGUGCCACAGAGCCUGGUGCCAGAGUACAGGGUGCCACAGAGCCUGGUGCCAGAGUACAGGGUGCCACAGAGCCUAGUGCCAGAAUACAGGGUACAACAGAGCCUAGUGCCAGACGACAGGGUGCCACAGAGCCUGGUGCCAGAGUACAGGGUACCACAGAGCCUGGUGCCAGAGAGUCAGAGUACAGGGUACUACAGAGCCUGGUGCCAGAGAGUCAGAGUACAGGGCACCACAGAGCCUGGUGCCAGAGAGUCAGAGUACAGGGCACCACAGAGCCUGGUGCCAGAGAGUCAGAGUACAGGGCACCACAGAGCCUGGUGCCAGAGAGUCAGAGUACAGGGUACCACAGAGCCUGGUGCCAGACGACAGGGUACCACAGAGCCUGGUGCCAGAGUACAGGGAACCACAGAGCCUGGUGCCAGAGAGUCAGAGUACAGGGUACUACAGAGCCUGGUGCCAGAGAGUCAGAGUACAGGGCACCACAGAGCCUGGUGCCAGAGAGUCAGAGUACAGGGUACCACAGAGCCUGGUGCCAGACGACAGGGUGCCACAGAGCCUGGUGCCAGAGUACAGGGUGCCACAGAGCCUGGUGCCAGAUGCCAGAGUACAGGGUGCCACAGAGCCCAGUGCCAGAGUACAGGGUACCUCAAGCCUAGUGCUAGAGUACAGGGUGCCACAGAGCCUAGUGCCAGAACACAGGGUACCACAGAGCCUGGUGCCAGACUACAGGGUGCCACAGAGCCUGGUGCCAGACUACAGGGUGCCACAGAGCCUGGUGCCAGAGUACAGGGUACCACAGAGCCUGGUGCAAGAGUACAGGGUGCCACAGAGCCUGGUGCCAGAGUACAGGGUACCACAGAGCCUGGUGCCAGAGUACAGGGUACCACAGAGCCAGGUGCCAGAGUACAGGGUGCCACAGAGCCUGGUGCCAGAGUACAGAGUACCACAAGCCUAGUGCCAGAGUACAGGGUACCACAGAGCCGAGUGCCAGAGUACAGGGUACCACAGAGCCUGGUGCCAGAGUACAGGGUACCACAGAGCCUGGUGCAAGAGUACAGGGUGCCACAGAGCCUGGUGCCAGAGUACAGGGUACCACAGAGCCUGGUGCCAGAGUACAGGGUACCACAGAGCCAGGUGCCAGAGUACAGGGUGCCACAGAGCCUGGUGCCAGAGUACAGAGUACCACAAGCCUAG